UGUAUGCUCGUUUCACUCGUCUCGACUCGCGAUUCUCGUUCUCAUUAUCAUUUUCGAUAUAAUAAAGUGACUGGUGUGGACUCAAGCUAAUAUAAGUGAUAAUAAACACGCCUUUCUUGGUUUUUUGGUGUUAUUUGCAAUUCAAAUGACAAUUACAUAACAUAAUUAGAAAAUAAAAAAACUUUGAUUAUUAAGACGAUGUAUUUUGACAUGGUAUAAGAUUAUUAAGACGUAUGCUUUUUGGUGAUCCAUUUUUAAGCUUGCGGUUAAUACCUACUUCAAUUGAAGCGUUAAUUUGUAAAUAUGGUGGAAGUGAGUAAGUUUUGGUUCGACAAGGCCUGUAGGCAUCGGGAGUGUCACAACAUAAUCCAUCCAUGGACUUACAAGUGUAGUGAUGCGACAAUAAGCAUGCUAGCAAGUAACAUUAAAGGGGCUUACAAAUUCUAUGCCAUGGUAUACCUGAUUCAAAUCUUGAUGAAAGGCAAGAAACUGAGUAAAGAAGAGAUGCUGGAACAGUUUAAGCUGUAUCUUAAGUCUGGAGUAUUCGGCCUCACUGUCGGAAGCUCUUUUGUCACAUUAAACUGCAUAUUCAGGAAAUUGUUCUUCAGCGAGUUCACUUACUAUAAGACAGUAUUGCUGCCUUGCACCAUCAGUGGUCUAGCGGUGUACUGUGAACCACCAUACAGGAGGGUGAUGGUUGUUAACCUUUUCGUUAACUUGGUAUUUGAAUAUUGGUUAAGGACACUAGAAAUGAAGGGUUGGCUCCGACGGUCCCCUGGCAGGGAAACGCUUAUCUUCAUGCUUGGAAGUGCUGUCUUCUUCUAUCUGAUGCGAAAAGAACGAGAGAAUCCGAAACGGACUCCUUUGUUUUGGUUCUUCACGCCUCCCCGCGUGUCGAAACAAGUAGGGGAGCCGGUGGAAGGCGUUGGAGGCAGGAGCCCGGCUUGUCCCCACGCGGGGAAUUGUGUCAACUACGUGUUGAAGGGUACAGCGCAGCUAUUUGGCGUCGGCUGCGCUAUGACGAUGCUCCGGCAGAUCAUCCCUAAGAUACUGACUCCGACGAAAGCGUUCAAGUCUUUGAAGUUCUCGCAUAUGAAACUUGGCAUUUUCUUCGGAGGUUACAUUGGAAUUUAUAGGUUGGUAGUGUGCCUGCUGUGCCGCGCGCGCGGGCGCGACAGCGCGCUGUGGGCGCUGCCGGCGGGCUUCCUGGCCGGCGCCGCCUUCCGCGUGGCGCCCUCCACGCCCAUCGCCUUAGCACCCCUCACCUCCACCCUACAGAUCCUGGGCUCGUGGGGCUACCAGAAAGGCCUCAUCCCCGAGUACCUGCCGCUAGUGGAGCUGCUAUACUGCCUGUGCCAAGGCCUGCUCUUCCACGCGCGCGUCAUGCACGAGGACGUCUGUCCGCGCUACAUCAUCAACUUGAUGCACACCGUCACUAGUAACCGAGCCGAUGAAAUCCAGCAAGGUUUUGUACAAAAAGUUUUGAAAGCACUAUAAAGUAUGCACAAAAUUGAAAUUAUUUGUUUUUAGCAAAAUGUUACACUAAAUAUUAUAUUAUAAUAUUAUUUAACAAUGUUUAAUUACUUAGCGAUUCUGUGAUGAUUACGUUAUAAUUUGUGGUACAGGGUUAAUUUAAAUUUGGUGUUCUGUUUUGUCGUUAUUUUGGCGGUGUUUGGUUAUCUCUAUUUAUUUUAUAAGGAAUUUUGUGAGGAGAUUCAAAUAUUAGUAAAUCAUUUCAAUAUGGAUGAUACUUAUCUCUAAUUUUUAGUGUUUGAUACCGAAAUGCUCCUCACGAAACAAGCGACUAUUUCCAUAUUAAAUAUUAUCAAUGGUUGCCUUAUAAAGGUGUUGGUAGCAGUAAGAUUUAAGAUCAGUGGCGUAGACUAUAGAUUAUUAUUUUAGUGAAUACCACGUAAAACUAGUAGGUAUUGCUUAAUUUUAAGGUGUUAGGGGAACUACAGCUACCGGGCCUACCGCUCAACUUAGAAGGCUCGCUAGGGAGUUGUAUAGGAGCUCUUCAAAAGCUAAAUAAAGUAGCUAAGUUUGGUACUAAUGGUGAAGAAUUUUUACUAACUGAGCAUAACACAUAUUACUUACACAAACGGGUCUACCGCGAUAUAAUUUCAUAAUUUUUACCUUAAACUCCGACACACCACCACACCGCACACCGCCGAACUUAACCAAACCACAGUGAACCAUAAUAACUUCACAUUCCAUAAGAACAGUCUGAAUUGAGCGGUAGACAGGGGCCCACUGAUUAUCAGUCCGCCAGACGAUAUCGACCUGUCAGUUAAAAGCAAAACUUGACAGCUCUGAACAACUGACAGGCUGAUAUCGUCCGGCAAACUGGUAAUCUGUGGCCCCUGGUGAGAGUAUGGUGAUAUGAAUGCUUUGCCACUGAUCCGUAUAGUAUCGAACUAAAGACAAUUAUAAAUAUGUAGAUUAUAGAGCUAUAAAACAUCGAACACAAGCAAAUUUUCUCUUAUAUUGUCUUGAUUGUAAUUGUUGAAUGUGGAAACUAUACACUACGAAUCUAUAUCACAAAAUAUGCGUUUAUGUUCAUAUUAAAUACAUAGGUGCGUAUGCCUUGAAAAAUAUUUUAUUAAUUUGACCAUUGUUAAGCAUGUAAAGAAGAUACGCUUUCGGCGGGCAGAUCAAUGUACGAAAAUGAUUGUGCACCACUCCAUAAUACAUAAGGGAGUCCAAUUUCAUAGUACCUAAGUGCCGGAGUAAAAGACUAAAUUAACGAGAUUAUAUUUGUGUUAUCGCGAAAUUAAACAUAAGUAUGGAAAACAUAUUUGAAUUUGUAUUAUUAUAAGACUUCCUACUGCAAAGUUAGAUUGCUUGCUUCCAAAGCGAAGACUGUCAAAAUACCAAAUUAUAAUAUACGAGAUGAAAGUUAUAAAUCUGUGUUUUACCUGAGUAUUAAAAUAAUAAUUCAUAAAGUGCUUCUUGCAUCCAUUAAAUUAGUGGUUUCGAAUAUUGUAUUACAUAAACAUAUUAGAUUAUGUUACGUGAAUCAUUUUUUUAACAAACUUAAACUACCUACUAAAAUUGGAGCGAAAGAAAUCAACUGAAGAACUGAACGAAUGCGAACGCCCCGCCGAGCGCUCCGCUCCGAGCGUCCACUCUGGCCGCGUAGCCAAGAUGCCAAUCGCUGACGCUCCGUAGCGAUCGAAACGCAACUGUCACUGUCGCACUAAUAUGGAAGAGUGAUAGAGAGACAUAAAGCUUUUCGUUGUCGAAGCGAUAGCGAUUGUAACCUUGGCUAGGCCUACAGGCCUUACACUAAGGUUGCAUGAACAAGCAUUGCAUUUAUGACAUAUAUUUUUUAAGUACUAGAAAAUGCACAAAUAGUGAAUCUAAGUCGAAUGUUUAUUAGAAAUUAUCUAUAUUUAUUCGUACGGAUAAGCACAAGUUCGGUUUGGGAUUAUUCUGGAAUGAUUAUAAAAUGUUCUGUUAGUGAUUGUUAUAUUAUAUUUUUAUAAUAAAACGGUUUUGUAUUAUAAA